GAUAGCAGAAAACAGCAAGUUGCAGAAAGAAGAAAUAUGUCAGAAAUUAUGCAUGGUGAAAUGAGCUGCGACAGGUGUGAAAUGGUGCACUGCUUCCCGGAGCCUAUCAGAAAGCAGGUUGUGGAAAUUUUGAAAACUGGACAAGUCUGUAAGAAAUUACUCCGCAAUGAAGACAUUUUGUUGUAUUUAGAAGUGAGUUGCAUGUCUCGUGCUCUGAAGACAGCAUGUGAGGAAAAGCUGCUAGAAAGUAUAGAAGUAAUGAGUUCAUUAGAUGCUUUACAAAUCGCUGAAAAGUACGAACUUUCACUUCUAAAGAGAGAAGCUAUCGAGUUGAUAACCGAACAUUUUCAAAAUCUUUGGGAUAAUGAUGCUUUCUUAUACCUCCAAGAACAGAGCCUCGAAAGCCUUUGUCAAGUUGAAAACUUAGUUCAACAUGAGAAUAUUUUUCGAGCGUUAGAAAAAUGGCUAGAUUGGAAUCCUGAAGGUCGUAUGUCGAUAUACUGUAAACUUUUGAACGCUGUACAGAAACAGCGAUCUCCUCGAAAAGAUUCCGUCACUGAAAAGACAUACCAACUAUAUCACGCGAUGAUUAUGUCGUCUGCUAAACCAAAAUCGUCCAUUGUAGCUGCGGUCUUCAACUGCGAUGGCGAUCUGGUAUGUCACAGAAAUUUGUUUAAAAGUAAUGACAUAAAAGACAAGUUUUCUGUUGCUUGUGCACAAAAAGAUGAAACCGAGGCACCUUAUGUUUACAUUUCAUCUGGCAAACACGUGGUUAAGUACGACCCCGUUCUGUUGAAGUACGAAAACUGUCAUGAUCUUAAUGAUCAACGGUCAGAUUGUUCAUUGGUGGUUCUUGGAGAUUUCAUUUACGCUCUCGGUGGCCAUCAUAAUGGAAACAAUGUAUUAGGAAUAGAAGAACUGGACACAAAACACAAUCGAAAUAAACUCUCUAUCAAAAAGUCCUGGAAAACCAUUGCACAGCUUCCGGACAAUGUAAAGCUUUCGUUCGCUCCGUGCGUGGCAUAUAAUGAUAAAAUAUAUAUUGUCGCCGAAUUACAAAAUGAUGAAAAUCAAGAGUCUACGUGUGUUUUAACUUUUGACCCAAAUGACAAAUCCGUGGAAUUUGUGACUGAUUUCCCAAAGAAAUGCUCAGACUGCCGAGCCGUUCUAAAUGAAUCUAAAUUAUUCAUUGGAUCAAGCGAGGGAUAUUUUCUACAAUUUGACAUCGAGACCAAUAUGUUUGCCUUCUGUUCAGAUCUACCAACAAAAGGAAAUUACUUUGGAAUGUAUACUGCAAGGAACAAAAUUUAUGUCGUUGGCGCGUCAGCUUCCGAUAAUGACAUUGAGAGAUUUGAAAAGGCCGAAUAUGAUAUUCAAACAAACAGUUGGAAACGAGGGCAGGAACUUCCAUGUAAUCUUCCAAUAUACGGAAGCUGCGACAUAAAAGUCCCUUCCUACACUCGUUUGAUCCCGUUCAAUGAUUCAAGAUGACUAGACCGGCAUUAUUUAAAUGUUAUGACACGUAUUGUUGAUUUAUUGCGUUUUAUAUAUUUGUUGAUUUAUUUUAUUAAAUCUCUAAAAUGUAAA